ACGGGAAAACUCGUUUCCAACUUCGGCGUUUAUUUGACAUUUGAGUGACGGUUUGGUAUUUGUCACUGUUGGUUGUUUAUAUCGGUUAUUUGUUAUUAGUCGCAUAUUUUAAACGUGUGCUUGUGAUUUUCAAUUAAUAUUUCUGGUGAUAAUCCAUUUAGGACCAUAUCCAUGUCUAGGAAACGUAGAGAUAUCACACGAGAAGACAUCGCGAAGCAAUUUGUGCUUCCUGAAAGGCAGUCGAAAAUCGACACCUUAUUAAGACAAGAUGGUCAAGCUUAUUGCAUAUGCAGAUCUUCAGAUUCAUCCAGAUUCAUGAUAGCCUGCGAUGCAUGUGAAGAAUGGUACCAUGGCGACUGCAUAAAAAUAUCGGAAAAAGAUGCCAAACUGAUCAAACAAUACUUUUGCAUUGGCUGCCGGAGGGAGGAUCCGACACUGCAAACCAAGUGGCGUACUAAGCGCGAGAGAGACGAAUACGGAUCGCAUUCCGAAGAUCGGAAGUUUAAAAAACAUAAAGAAAGACACGACCCAGACAGAAAUAGAAGCAAAGAUGAGAAAUUUAAAAGUAAAGGAGACAAAAAAACAAAAAAAUGUGGAGAAUGCAUGGGCUGCUACCGCACUGAAGAUUGCGGAAGAUGUGAUGUUUGUGUGAGGAAAGCGAAGCAUGGCUCAUCGAAAAACAAAGAACGAUGCAAACAGCGCAUCUGUGUAAAUGCUUUAGGCGGAUCCACUCGACGAAAGCGCAAGGAUUCUAACUCCGACCAUGAGCAAACCUACAAUGAGCACUUGAAAACGGACUAUCCAAGACAGUGCUACGGGCCCAAGUGCGUUAAAAGUGCUCGCUAUGGAUCGAAGUACUGUAAUGAUCAAUGCGGAAUGAACCUUGCUAAAACCCGAAUUCUUCAAGUUCUGCCGCAAAGACUACAGGAAUGGGCUUUGAGUCCGUCAUUGGCUGAAGACAAGAACAUUAAGGCUCUGGAUCAAGUGAGAAAACAGCAGCUGGACGUGCGGCAUAUUCUGCAAGAGCUUGACAAACGCCAUCGCGAAAUUGAUUAUUUAGUAAGCAGAGCAAAGAAUGUUAUGAUAGAUCCACAAUGGGAAAACGAUGUGGAAAAAGAUGAAGAAAGCUCCAUGUACUGUGUAACCUGUGGGCAUGAAAUCCACUCUAAAACCGCCAUCAAACACAUGGAGAAAUGCUUUAACAAGUACGAAUCCCAGGCAUCAUUUGGAAGCGUAUUUAAAACCAGGAUUGAAGGAAAUAACAUGUUUUGUGACUUUUUCAACUCUGUCAAUAGAACGUACUGUAAAAGACUUCGCGUUCUAUGUCCGGAGCACUGCAAAGAUCCUAAAAUUAAUGAGUCCGAUGUUUGCGGCUGCCCAUUGGUGACAAAUGUGUUUUCGCCAACUGGAGAGUUCUGCAGAGCACCCAAAAAGUCUUGCACCAAACAUUACGUUUGGGAGAAAUUGAGGAGGGCUGAGAUUGAUUUGGAACGAGUGCGUCAAUGGUUAAAGUUGGACGAGUUAUUAGACAAAGAACGCCAGAUAAGGGCUAGUAUGGCGAAUCGGGCUGGAGUUUUAGCAUUAAUGCUGCAUAGCACUUACAAUCAUGAACUGAUGGAACGCAUCAGCAAAGCCCAAGACCAGCAGGCAAUUCAGCGGGAAAUGGAAAACGCUCGCCAGAAGAUAAAAGCAUGAAUUAAGUUGACACAGUACUGUAGGUAAUAUUUUAAACAGAAUUAACGCAGUCAGAUUAAAAUGCAGUUUUGCAACUUUAUUAAAUUGGUGACAAUACAAAUUCUAUUAGUCAAAGCUGA